CAUAAAAACAGUGAUAGUAGUAUCGCGUCCACGCAAAGUGUUGUUGUUGUGCAACGUAUACAAAAUCGAGCGAUUGAAUGAUUUCAAUCUUUCUGGUCAGUCUUUACUUUCACUUCCCACAAGUAGGAAGUUCAAAAACGUUGGCUAAACUAUAACGAACAGUGCAAAUCUUUUGUGAUAUUGCUGUCUAGUGUUUGGUUCACUGAAAAUAAUGACCAAUUUACACGUACUAAAAGAAAACCUGACUAAGUACAAUCAGGAUCAUUUGCUAAAAUACUGGGAUGAGCUAAACGCGAAUGAAAAACGUAUAUUGGUCGAAGAUAUAGAAGAACUGAAUUUAGAUGAAGUGAAUCUUUUUUUCGAACGUGCCACAUCGUCACUUAAAGAGGAUGAGGCGAAGUUGGAUGAUAAAAUGGAUCCAGUAUGUGAAGAUAAAUUUCUAUCAACAUCUAGAGAGAAUAUUGAACAACUGGAACUAUACAAAUGUGAAGGGCUGCAACAGAUUUCACUCGGCAAAGUAGGUGUCCUUUUGAUGGCAGGUGGACAAGGUACACGAUUGGGAUUUGCUCACCCGAAAGGAAUGUUCAAUAUUGGGUUACCUUCAAAUAAAUCUUUAUUCUGUGUGCAAGCUCAAAGAAUUCUGAAAUUGCAACGAUUAGCAAUGGAAUUAACAGGAAACAAUGGUCGUAUUACCUGGUACAUUAUGACCAGCGAACAUACAAUGGAACCAACCAAGAAAUAUUUCGAACAGAACAACUAUUUUGGUUUGCAUGCUGACGACAUACUUAUGUUUGAACAAGGAAGUCUUCCAUGUUAUGACUUUGAAGGAAGAAUUAUACUAGAUGAAAAAUAUCGCAUUGCAAAGGCCCCUGAUGGCAAUGGAGGUCUGUACCGAGCCUUGCGGGAUCGUGGCAUUCUAGAUGAUAUGAACAGACGAGGAGUGCUCUUCUUACAUACUCAUAGCGUUGAUAACAUACUUAUAAAAGUAGCUGAUCCGGUCUUUAUUGGGUACUGCGUCAGUCAGAAAGCUGACUGUGCUGCUAAAGUAGUAGAAAAAGCUCAUCCAAACGAAGCUGUUGGUGUUGUUUGUCAGGUCGACGGAAAAUAUCAGGUUGUUGAGUACAGUGAAAUCACACCAGCAACAGCUAAUCUUCGUAAACCAGAUGGACGACUGGUUUUCAACGCGGGUAACAUUUGCAAUCAUUUCUUUACGGCUGCAUUUUUGCGCAAGAUUGGCGAAACAUUCGAAAAACAACUGAAAUUACACGUAGCUAAAAAAAAGAUUCCAUUUGUAGAUACACAUGGAAAUCGAUGUACACCGAAAAGCCCAAAUGGUAUAAAGAUUGAAAAAUUCGUGUUUGACGUAUUUGAGUUCGCAGAACACUUCGUGACAGUAGAAGUACCAAGAGAUGAAGAGUUCAGUGCACUGAAAAAUGCAGAUAUUGUUGGGAAGGAUUGUGCGUCUACUGCACGGACUGAUAUUUACAAGUUGCACAAAAAAUAUAUCGAAGCAGCUGGCGGCUUCGUUGAUGGGGUUGAAUGCGAAAUCUCGCCUUUGUUAUCUUACGCUGGAGAGGGGUUAAAAGCAUCGGUAGAUGGUAAAAGCUUUGUUAGUCCUAUUCAUCUGACGGCCGAUGAAGAAAUAAGUAAUAUCCAAACGAAUUUUUAUACUUCUAACUAAUAAUGCAGAAGAAUUGUUAACUUUUUAUUUAAAUUCAGCCUAAUGACAAUCGAAUAUAUAACUAUGAACAAAAAUUCCUUAACAAUUUUAUACAGCUACGUUAAUGAUCAUUCCUCUUAAUUUAAUUUCUUAUGCGACUAACAAACGAAACAUGAUGCUAUGCGACUAGUUCUACAAUUGUGGAUAAGUUAUUCAGGUUUUGUUGCACUGAUAAAAUCAAACACUAGUUGACCUUGAAUGGAAAAGCAGUCGCAUAUCCGCAACACAUUCCAGUACAAGAACACCACAAUUAAUCAUCGAUUCUGAUAUCUGGAAACUAGUGGCUAGCAUAGUUAUAUAAUUUCAGUUAUGUGUGUAUGUAAUGCCUUAAAGGCUAUUUAAAUUUAAUUUUACAAUAAAGGCCGUACUAGACACAAA